AAAAUAGUAAUAACGAGGAGGUAAAAGAAAACCUUGAUAAUCUUAAUCAACAUUUAGGAGAUUUUCUUAAAGAAUCUCAGCCAACCUAUGAUCCAAAAUUAGAAAAAGAAGAUAAAGUGGAAGGUGAUGAUAACAAAUGGUCAUGGCCAUCAACGAAUUUAAAGGAAUUAUUACUUGCACCAACUAUAAAUCCAAAUAUAUUUUCUUCGCAAAUACCCAAAAUUAUUGAUCCAGAAAAAAGAGAAAUCCAAAAGAAAAAAAUUGAGCAGAUUUCAGCAGAUUAUUUUGAUCAAAAGAGAAUGAUACAUGAAGCGUCAUUGUUCAACUGUUCUGAGGUGCACUCACAAUUGCAAGAAUGUUUUGUUAAUGGAAGUUUUUUUGAUAAAAUUAGUCUUUGUACUGAAGCUAGAAGAAAAUUUUGGAAUUGCAUGAGUGAACAAAAGAAAACUCUUAAAAAAAUGAGAUAUAAAUCACCUGAAAAGACAGAUGAUGAAAAUGAUGAAAUAUUGUAUCAAGCAGAUCUUCAAUAUCGACAAAAAAUAUCUUCAAAUAAAGAAGAGGAAGAGAAAUAA